CUGCCCAGCAGUAAGCUCAGUACGCUUACACCGGAGAUGGAUCCAACAAUGGGUCUUAUCCGAGUCGGUGGACGCUUUCGUCGUAUGGACACUUCCUGUUCUACCGACAUCCACCCCAUAGUUCUCGAUCCCUGCCAUGCGGUAACAAGACUCCUUAUCAAGGACGUGGAUGCACGACUACUCCACCCAGGACCCGAUAGGGUCUUCGCCGAGAUCAGGCGCAAGUACUGGGUCCUCCGUGGGAGACAGGCUAUCAAGCACCAUCAGAGGACUUGUACGGAAUGCAGAAAAUGGAGAGGGCAGCCAGUGGUUCCAAUCAUGGCGGACCUACCCCCUGCCCGCCUGCGGAUCUUCAAGCCUCCGUUCUUCUCGACGGGAGUGGACUGCUUUGGACCAUACGUCAUCAAGGUCGGGCGGCGCAGGGAGAAACGAUGGGGUGUCAUAUUCAAAUGUCUCACCACUCGAUGUGUCCACUUAGAUCUGCUAAAUAGUAUCGACGCCGACGCCUUCCUCCUAGCAUUGAGGCGAUUCAUCGCACGUAGAGGCACCCCUUUCGAGGUUCUCUCUGAUCAGGGAACAAACUUCCGAGGUGCAGAGAGAGAGCUGAAGGAGGCGUUCGCUGCAAUGGAACCACAGCUACAAGAGAGACUUGCCAAGCAACGGAUCAAAUUCAAGUUCAACCCACCAGCGGCUCCCCACUUUGGUGGCGCCUGGGAGCGUGAGAUACAAUCCGUCAAGAAAGCCCUGCAGGUGGUGAUUGGUGCUCAGUCCCUCCAAGAAGAAGUCCUGCUCACAGUCUUAAUUGAGGUAGAAGGCAUCCUCAAUUCCAAGCCCUUAGGAUACGUGUCGUCAGACGUUGGGGAUCCGGAUCCUGUGACACCAAACAUGUUGCUGAUGGGGCGGCGGGACGCCUCCUUGCCACAAGUGUCCUACGCUCCGGACCCACUCACCAGGAGACGGUGGCGUCAUUGUCAAAUGAUGGUGGAUCACUUCUGGACACAAUUCAUCAGAAGCUACUUACCGUCUCUUCAGGUCCGCCAGAAGUGGCACCAACCUACCGAUGAUCUUCUCCAGGACACUGUCGUGAUGAUCGUCGAUCCUCAGCUGCCGCGUGCUCAUUGGCCCGUUGGGAAGGUGGUCAGGCUGAAUGCCAGUGCCGAUGGAUGCAUCCGGUCUGCUGAGGUCCAAGUGGGGGACAAGACUUACCUGCGACCAGUAGCACGCCUUGUCCGGCUGCCAGCUGUUCCGGACGACAACGCUGAUCCAGGGACUCCUGUAGCACCUUAGGGAAUUUAUUUUGUUUACAUAAUAGCCAUGCUAUUCAGGGGGCGGCUGUUGUAAAUUCCCUAUAGUUUGUAAUAUCGUAUCGUAUAAUAUAUAGCGUUAUUUCUAUUCAGGCACUUUGGGCAGCCCAGGUAGCGCCGUAGGGUCCUAGAGUUACGAGUUGUACGGGGCUGCGCCAGAGCUCGUUGCGCGCGACCGCUUAACACGCCAUGACAGAGAAUGCGUUCGUGAAGAAAAAACCAUUCCUACAUCAUUCAUUUAUUCAUACAUCUGUUCAUCCAUUCCGUCAUUCAUUCGGUUGCUUAUUGAAGCCAUCAUUGAUAUCAUUCGUCUGCAAGAGAUAUAAACAUCCUGAACUGUUCCCUGUGUAUGCGUCUACUCUCUGACCGGAGUUACCGUCCUGGAUAAAGUGAUCCAAGCAAACACACACAUACA